AUGAAAGUGCCACUGCUCCUCCGGCUUCCAGCAGAGAUCCUGACCUACAUUUUUGAGGACGUUGUCGCCAGUUGCUACGGAGCUCACAGAGAACUGCGGAAGUAUGUGUUAGUCUGUCAUCGCCUGACACAGGUUGUACUUCCUCUGCUGUAUUGUGACGUCUUGGCUGGGGUGGCCUCCCGCACAGCCCUAGAAAGUCUGUUUGCCGCCCUACAGCGUCGGCCAGGAUGUCGGGAGAGUGUCAAGCGUCUUGAGGUUCAGAUCCCAGAUUUCGACCUAAUCCACCGACGCAAUUUCUAUAUCGUGUGUGAUAUCAUCACCUGUAUUACCAAUGUCAAAGCGUUAACCUUCUGCGGGGGAUGGGAGCGAUACCCAGACCAAACAUGGGGCCUGGUUCACCGGGCCUCUCAGAGCAUGCCAACACUGGAGAGUUUGACUCUAAGCUGUGUGUAUCGCGAAGGCCUUACCGUGCGGGACAUACUUGAGAACGUUCAGAUGCCCAGCCUUCGCCAACUGGAGCUCGAUGGCGUUGCCCUUCCGACUGGGGGACGCACUGUGGGCGCAGAACAAAAGGCGAACAAGCCCUCCUGCCUACCGGCUAGCACAAAGGCCACUGCUCACUUCUCCACCCUUCGUAUCCGAGACUACCAAGAGAACUCCGCCGCCACCCGAGAGCUGAUUCUCUGGCCCAGAGCCUUGAUCCAUUUCCACGCCUCGCUCCUGGGUGGGAGUAACCCGGAAUGCGAUCUGGAUCUCUCCAAGCUCAGUGCAUGGCUCUCCGCCCACAAGGACACCCUGGAAACCAUCCACAUCGGCUACAUCCACAAGUUCCGUCCAGACAAGCUUUUUCAGACCAGGGGAUUCAACGCCCUGGAGCGCCUGACGCUCUCCUGGUGGCAUAUCCGAGGAUAUGUUACGUUGCAGCAGGAUGAAGAACACCCGCCAUUCGGCUUCACGCCCGCCCACGCGGAUGCCCUUCUCUGCGCGCCCCGUCUCACGACCCUCGAACUAGACUAUGGCGAGAGUGGCCAUGUUCUGGAUUCCUGUCACGUGUUCGGGGAAGUCGAGGCCCGCUGGAUCCGGGGGUUGGCCCACGCGGCACGGGCCAGGCAGGCAGCGCUCCAGACGAUCUGCGUCCGAUACAGGCCGCAGCUGUAUUGUCUCGCGGAGAUUCUGGAGUAUCCAUGGGAUCGGCUGACCCAACUUCGAGAAGAUCUUCAACCGUUUGGGAUAGGAUUGGAGUACGACGAGCCGUCGUUCUCGGAGGAGGAGUGGGCUCAGGCGCGCAUGCAGGCCUCCCCGCCGUGGGAGGCGAUGCGCGGGAGUGAAAGUCCCCCGCUGAAUGAUGAUGGGAUAUUGCUCGCCCUCGGAAUGUCGAAGAACGAUGAGCCCAGUCUGGAGGAGCAGGAAGCCUGGGAGUGUGCUCACAAGGGAGUAUAA